AGUUCCUUUCACAUGAUGGGGAUCUGAAUGCCUGGGGGGAAGGGAAGGGGGUAAAGGGAAGUUGGAAUAAGAAAAAAGCAAAGAAAAAUGAGCUGACAAUGAUGGCAGUAAUACACACUAACCUCCCAAAACAGAAGCAAAUCGACCAGGGCGCUAAGCAACGGCUGCUUCCUUGGCGAAGCGAAAGGCGAAAGGGGAGCAUCAGCCACAUGGACAGACAGACAGACAGACAGACAGCCAGCCGCAAGCCGCGCUGCUGCAAGUUGCUCCGCACUCUCUCAACCCUCAUCACAGGUCAUAUACGAGCAGUACAUAUGUCCGUGAUGCACUCGUAUAUGUGCAAGUCGAUAGUCUCUCACGGAGUCCUGCUUACCAUUGGCGCCAGUGUCAUGCUGGCAGCUUCAUUCGUGGACAUAUACAUGAAAAUGGAAAUGGAGGAGCUUGACCACCGCCUGGGCACCACCUGAGCACCACAAGUCGCUCCGUCUACGCGUCGCCAAGAGGAUUCGCCUCCGCCUGGCUCCCAGCGAGAGCCUUGGCAAGCCAUCAAAGGGGACGACAGCCGUUGCAAGCAGCUCCUGGUAGCGGCCGAUGAACCUGGUGAUGCUCACCCGGGGGGCUUCCCAAAAAGCGCUGCGACGCCUGC